UUAAUACAAACAUAACCUGCAAACAUGUAAUCCGCUAACCUCAAUAUGAGCUCUUCUGCCAGAUCUUUUAGAAAGUAAACACCAUAAGGAUGAAUUUCGUGACCAGAAGGCUCUGCACGCCGAAGAUCGUAAGGGCAGCAAAAUGUCAGCAUCUGAAACCUUCAGUAAUGUCCACAGCAGCUGUAGCUGUAAAUCAAUCGCAGAGCAGAGAUUCAUCCUUAUUGGACAAUCUGAAGUACCUGAUGCUGCUUGGAUCAGGAUACCUGGUGUACCAAUACCUUGGCUUUGGUACAAAAGUGGAUGCUGCAACACCGGUAAAGAACAGACGCAGCCAGCAUAAUUUUAUAGCCGAUGUGGUUGAGGAGUCGGCACCAUCUGUAGUGUAUAUAGAGAUAAAGGAUGCUACCAGAAAAGAGUUUUUCACUGGGCAAUCAAUCACAAUUUCGAAUGGUUCAGGUUUUAUAAUCGCUGAGGACGGUUUGAUUUUAACUAACGCCCAUGUUGUUGCUUCAAAACCAAACACGAAUGUGAUUGUUAAACUGCUGAAUGGAAACAUUUAUCAGGGAGCUAUCGAGAGUGUUGACAUGCACAGUGAUCUGGCGACGGUGAGGAUAAACGCUAAUAAUUUACCAGCCAUGAAAUUAGGGAACUCCUCAGAUCUGAGGCCGGGCGAGUUUGUUGUUGCUAUCGGAAGUCCAUUGGCGCUGAGUAAUACAGUGACUUCAGGGGUUAUAAGUUCGACGCACAGAGGGUCCGAUGAGUUGGGGAUGAGAGGAAAGGAUAUGGUGUACAUCCAGACGGAUGCUGCAAUCAACUUUGGUAACUCUGGAGGACCUUUGGUGAAUCUGGACGGAGAGGCGAUCGGUGUGAACAGCAUGAAAGUGACUUCAGGCAUUUCCUUUGCUAUUCCAAUAGACUAUGUGAAAGCAUUCCUGCUCCAAUCGAGUAGUGUAAAGAAGCAAGUUUUACCUGCAGCCAAAAGGUACAUGGGAAUCACCAUGCUAACAUUGACCCCGCAGAUUGUGAAUGAGAUGAGACAAAGGGAUCAGUACUUUCCGGCCACCAUCAAAGAAGGUGUCUUAGUCUGGAAAGUCAUCUAUGGUUCUCCGGCUGAUGUAGGCGGAUUGAAACCUGGUGAUAUUGUUGUAUCCAUCAACAAGAAGGCCAUCACUAAAGCAAACGAUGUUUACGAUAUCCUUGAAAGCAGAGACAACUACAAACUCUUAAUGACGAUCAUUCGCUCAGGGGUUUACCAGGAAUUAGUGAUCGUACCGCAAGACACGUAAAUGUGAUUUUUAUAUGCAUAUAUAUAUAUUUUUAAAUAAAAGGUUUGAUUCAUCGUUUCUUCUUCGA